AGUUUUAAGAUAAAAGGUAUUUUUAAAGUGCAGUCGCGUCAGAGCUUUUAUUUUGCUCCCCGCGCUUAUUUCCCGGAAGUGACGCACGUGCUGAUUUGUGUUUGUUUUCCUGACAGUCGCGGCCGUGUUGCGCUUCAAACUGCCAGAAGUCAGCCAGACAGCACAGCCGUCUGUAUCUGUGUCUGUGUGUCUGUCAGAUGGAGCAGCAGGCCAAGCCGUACAUGUUUGCGAGCCUGACGCGCCCUCACUCCGAGCAGCUCCUGCAGGGUCUGCAGCUCCUGCGGCAGGAUCACGAGCUCUGCGACAUCGUGCUGCGGGUCGGAGACGCCAAGAUCCACGCGCACAAAGUGGUGCUGGCCAGCAUCAGCCCGUACUUCAAGGCCAUGUUCACCGGAAACCUGUCCGAGAAAGAGACGUCCGAGGUGGAGUUCCAGUGCGUCGAUGAAGCCUCUCUCAAGGCUAUAGUGGAGUACGCCUACACCGGAACCGUCUUCAUCUCACAGGAAACAGUGGAGACUCUACUUCCUGCCGCCAACCUGCUGCAGGUCAAGCUGGUUCUGAAGGAGUGCUGCAGCUUCCUGGAGAGUCAGCUGGACGCGGGGAACUGCAUCGGCAUCUCGCGCUUCGCCGAGACCUACGGCUGCCACGAGCUGUGUUUAUCCGCCUCCAAAUUCAUCUGCCAGCACUUCGAGGAGGUGUGCCAGACGGAGGAGUUCCUGGAGCUGACGCGCGCCGAGCUGGACGAGAUCGUGUCCAACGACUGCCUGAACGUGCUGACGGAGGAGAGCGUGUUCUACGCGCUGGAGUCCUGGAUCAAGUACGAUCUGACGGAGCGGCAGCAGUAUCUGGCGCAGCUCCUGCACUGUGUGCGGCUACCGCUGCUGAGCGUCAAGUUCCUGACGCGGCUCUACGAGGCUAAUCACCUGAUCCGAGACGACCACGCCUGCAAACACCUGCUCAACGAGGCGCUCAAGUACCACUUCAUGCCCGAGCACCGGCUCUCCUACCAGACGGUGCUGUCCACACGGCCGCGCUGCGCUCCUAAAGUCCUGCUGGCCGUCGGAGGAAAGGCCGGGCUCUUCGCCACGCUGGAGAGUAUGGAGAUGUACUUCCCGCAGACGGACUCGUGGAUCGGUCUGGCUCCGCUCAGCGUGCCGCGCUAUGAGUUCGGCGUGGCGGUUCUGGAGCAGAAGGUGUAUGUAGUGGGAGGCAUCGCGACACACAUGCGGCAGGGCAUCAGCUACCGGCGGCACGAGAGCAGCGUGGAGCGCUGGGACCCCGACAGCAACACCUGGGCGUCUGUGGAGCGCAUGGCCGAGUGCAGGAGCACGCUGGGUGUGGUGGUGCUAGCGGGCGAGCUGUACGCUCUCGGCGGAUACGACGGACAGUACUACCUGCAGUCAGUGGAGAAGUACGGGCCCAAGCUCAAGGAGUGGCAGCCGGUGGCACCGAUGACCAAAUCACGCAGCUGCUUCGCCACCGCCGCGCUCGACGGCAUGAUCUACGCCAUCGGAGGAUACGGCCCCGCCCACAUGAACAGUGUGGAGAGAUAUGACCCGAGCAAAGACUCAUGGGAUAUGGUGGCGCCGAUGGCUGAUAAGCGCAUUAACUUCGGCGUGGGCGUGAUGCUGGGCUUCAUCUUCGUGGUGGGAGGACACAACGGUGUGUCUCAUCUGUCCAGCAUCGAGCGCUACGACCCGCAGCAGAACCAGUGGACGGCGUGUCGACCCAUGAACGAGCCGCGCACCGGUGAGAGUCACUGAUUCAGUGAUUCGUUCAUAAAGACGUCACUUGUUUCAUUUCUGAAUGAAUCAGCUGUUUGAAU